AUGCCACUGUGUCCACAGGCUUCAGAGUCCAAACGAGAGCAGUUUCGGAGAUACCUGGAGAAGGCUGGUGUCCUUGACAGCCUCACUAGUGGUGUGUUUAUUUAGAAUAUUUCAUUAACUUUAAUUGUUAGUUAAUCUUAUUUGGCUGAUGCCAAUUACGAAAACUGCUUGUGCCUUUCCUUAUUACAGUGCUGGUGGCAUUGUAUGAAGAGACGGAGAAACCCAACAAUGCACUUGAGUAUCCUUUAAAAAUGUUUGAUCUGUUUUUGUAAUGAACAUUUCCUACAUAAUGUAGACAUACAUAGCUAUGUUUUUGGAAUGUGAUGAAACAUCACGAGACCCCUCCCAUUCAUAAUCUGAACUUUCUGUUGCCUUUAGUGUUCUAGCAAUCUGCAGUGCUCACACAGACAGAACAAGUGUAGACUGUCACAGAUCCUGAUGGGAUGCUUUUCUAAAAUAUUAGAACAAUAACUCAUUUCCAAUGACAACGAGGUUGAGAACGAAUCUAAUUCCUCCUCAGCACACUAAUUUCUUUAACAAGAUCCAGUUUUGUCAAGCAACACUUGGGUGUGGCUGGCCAGGAGUCUGCAGACACUGAGGCACUCCAGCAGGAGCUAAGAGAUGUGAGGCAGAGGUGUGAGCUGCUGGCCGAGGAGAACACAGAACUCAAGAACAGGGUAGGCCUACCUGUGAUUCUUUUUCAUUGAGUAUGAUGAUCUAUACAUGGUAGGCUUGACUUUUCAAAACUACCUAAUUAAUUAAUAGAAUCUCUGUUUUUACACAUUUCCUUAGCUUCAACGCUAUGAGCCUACACAAGAGGAUGGAGCUGCCGAAUAA